GUUCGUCAGUCGCUCACGAUCAUCCAACAACAUCAUCGUCAUCAUAUAACCUUUCGGAAACCCACUUAGGGAAACCGGUGUCUCGGAGCUCUAGGACAUUGGAUCGAGGAGAAUUUGGAAUGAUUGAUAGACAUUGGGUUAGCUCGAUGGGGCUAAUUCGGUCCCAUGGAACUGGUCACCAACCUUAUCGGACCCCACGGCGCAAGGCACUAAGCAAAAGGUCCCAGAGAAUUAGAGUCCCUAAGCUCUCAGGUGCCUUACUGCUGGAUCCUCUUUCCCUUAUCCUCAGCCAAGAUCCCCGAUUAGCUCCGCCCUCCUGCCCAUGUGGAGAUGUAUUAGGUUUUUUUUUUUUUGUCUUUUUUCCUUUCUU